CUCCUUUUUGUCAUUAGCUCAAGCCAUUGUUUGAAUAGAGUGAGGAGUUUGUGUUCUGACCUCCACUGACACCGCUUUGGAGCCAAUUAUUAGAGUUGUUGAAGCCACCAUUGCCCACUUGCCUUUUUAAAUCUCCCUCUGCCCGCUCUGAAGAAAUACCAGAUGCUGUAUGACAUCUUUCCACGGCAGAACCACAAUGUUGCGGAACUGCUGAAACCGUGUGCCUGAGGUCCCGUUUCACUGCUUGCCCAGCUCUGUGCCAGUCACAAGGACACUUUCUAAUCUGCAGUCCCUUUUCAAUGAGCGAGAGCAUUGAUUCAAAAGCAAUCGAUGAUUGCUGCAGUUGCUGAGAAGGAACAAUCAAAUGUGGUUCGAUGAUGUUUAAGGCCUGUUGUCACAUGUUGGUACCACUAUGUUUACUUUCCCUGUCAAAUCACAACCACAUGAAUCAUGUAAUUGAUUUCUCCCUUGCAGCCUUUUGGGUUCAAUGUUUCCGUUACCAAGAAUCGUGUUUGCUAUGGCACGGGAUGGUCUACUAUUCAGAUUUCUGUCUGGAGUGAGUGAGAGAAAAGCCCCAAUAGUUUCCACAAUUGCAGCUGGGGUUCUUUCUGCAAUCAUGGCGUUCUUGUUUGACCUCAAGGACCUUGUAGAUCUGAUGUCAAUUGGAACCCUUCUUGCCUACUCUUUGGUGGCUGCUUGUGUUUUGGUGCUCAGAUACCAACCUGACCAGUUUUCUAAUGCAACAUAUCAAAUGGCCAACACAACUGAUGCUGAUAUGAAUGAAUCAGUCAGUACUAGUGACUCCCAAGUAGGCGUUUUACCAGAGAGUGAGGAAUUUUCAUUGAACACUUUGUUAUUCCCUGAAAGUAGUCUCCCUUCCAAACAAUCAGGAUUUAUUGUUAAUACGUGUGUGUGUUUAAUUGGUGUUCUUAUCCUAAUCUUUUGUCUGCUGGCUGUCUAUGCGAAAAAUCCUUUACUCGAAGGGAAAGCCUGGUGUAUUGGUUUAAUUGUUGUUGUGAUUCUUCUGUGUGCCACUUUAACUGGUAUCAUCUGGAGGCAGCCAGAAAGUAAAACAAAACUGUCAUUUAAGGUACCUCUCUUGCCCUGUUUACCAAUUGUCAGCAUUCUUGUGAAUAUGUACCUCAUGAUGCAGUUGGAUAGAGGCACUUGGAUCCGCUUUUCUAUCUGGAUGGUGAUGGGAUGCAUUAUUUACUUUGCUUAUGGAAUGUGGAACAGCUCGGAGUCUAACCCUUCCGGUUUUCCGGCUGACAGAACUGCAAGGGGUUUUAAGGACGCAUCAAAUGGUGAAGCGUUACCUCCAGAGAAGGAAGCUUUUCUGCAGAAUGACACAGAGUAUGUUGUAGAAAGUGGCAAUGGCGAGGUUGAUGUUUAAACCAAUGGAGGGAUCUAUUUCUUGCAAAUAUGCAAGCAGUAUGUAUCUUGGAAAUUUGAAAAAGAAACACCGCUGAAUGAAUGCUGUUUGCAUUUCACAGGGAGUAAAUCUUUUCUUCCCUCCCCACACGCACACCGGUGAGGGUUUUAAUUAAGUUGUUUUGCUGACCAUUUGUGUGCUUUAAAGGCCAACACUGCUGCUAUGUGAUUUCAUUUUCUUGUUUUUUUUACGCCCUCCAAAACAAUGGUAGCAUUGAUUACUCCAAAGGACUAGCUGAUUCAAAUAAAGUGCUUAAUACAGAUUCGGAGCUGGUCAGAUUUAGGGUACUUAUUGGUUUUUAACUAUGAGAAUUGCUGAAAUCUUAAAAAUGCUAAUUUUCAGCUGCUGAUCAUGUAUACAAAAAAUGUGGUUGGAUAUAUAUUUUUUCAAAAAUAUUUUCCUGGUUGCGUGAGUGCUUAUAAAGUAGCUUUUUCUAGCAAGUACAAUAAUAUCUAUUUUUAUUUGGGCUUAAGAAUCUGUGUACAUUGCAUUUCCUUACUUUAGUUACAGCUUGACAGUGCAGGCCACUGUGUCUCGAAGUGAACACUUUAAUUUUCAAUCCAUUGCAGAUUCAGUUGCAGAUUAUUUCCUUUGACUACCUUAAGACAAAAUUUCCAAAACACUGUUUAAAAUCUUUAUCUUUUUAUUGUCAAAGAAAGGAAUCUAUUAGUAAUUUUAAAAAGAGUUCAGAAGCAGUUGUUUUGCUGAUUUAGGCAGCAAAUUAGCCCUCUGAUUUAAUUUAUCAACUCAAUGUUUAGUCUAAUUCCUAUAGUCCAUAUUCACUUUCUCUUACAGAUAGGGAACGUUACACUCACUUGCCUUAAUUUUUGCAGAAAUGCAUUUAAUGUUGUUGCAUUGACCUCAUCAAUGUUGUCCCCACAAUGGAUAAUUAUACAGAUUACUUGUGGUAGUGAAUCUUAAUAACUUGAAAAAGGAUGCAGUGUUUUGCCUUUGGCUUAAAGUGGCAAAGGAAUCUAAUCUCAAAACUACCACAAGAAAAAAUUUCCCCUCCUAAUGGAUCUAUUGAAUAGAUUUCAGCCAAAGCAGUCAUGGUUAACACCUUUUAAAAAUAGCUAGGUGAACAUUGGGUUCAGCCAUGAAAGAUCAAUUAUAUAAAUUCUCAAAUUGGAAUAGCUUUUUAAUAAGUAUUCAUAAAGCAAUAAAAACCCGGAAGAGCUUUUCACAGGAAAUAACAUUAAUUGGAUAAAGUCCAUGAUAUGGCCGUUGAAUCUGUACAAGCUUUGUUAAGUAAAGUGGUCUUUUCUUGUUCCAUGCUUUCUUUUGCACCUAGCACCCCAGUGACUGGCCGUAAAUGAGCUUGAAGUGCUUAGAUACUAAGAUUGAAGAAUGUAAUUGUACAAGCUGCUGAAAUUGAAAUUCAAUAGUUUCAACAGUAGAAGUGUACUUUUCUUGCCAACAUAUGUGUAGUGGAUUUAGCACCUUUUUCAAAAGAUGUUUGUGGAAGGAAUUACAGAAUCAACAUCCAAUGAAUCAUCCAUGAUAUUAAGAAAUACCAGUUAAGAUUUUGAUCACUGUUAAUACAAUGUAGGCCAUUGUGUUAAUGAAUAAAUAGAUUAGCAUCUAUAAUUAACGCAGUGUACACUUCUAAUGAUGUGAAGGACAGAUGUCUCUCAUUUUGAAAAAAAGUUGUUCUCAGUUUAUUUAAUGUUACUGGAUUAUAAUCCAUGUGUACGUUAAUUUGCCCAGAGGUUUGUGCUUUAGAAACAAUCAUCACUAAAGCUACUGAGCGACAGUUUACACUAUACGCUGCGUUAUAUUAAUGUGAGUUGCAACAAUUUCUGUUGAUACUUUAGCAGAGCAAGUCUCUUUAUUGCCUGCUGUAAAGCAAAAGCAGCAGGAUUUGGUACUGAUACUUUUGAAAUUAAUGUCCUCAAGAUUACAGCAUUAAAAUCCAUCUUCAGUUUUUGCAAAACCACUUACCAAAGGCCAUACUGAUCAUUUAGCACAGUCAGUUGUUUUUGAGAAGUCAAGUUACACUCCCAAUCAUAUUUAGAAAGGUGGAGUUUUUGGUAGUAAAUCUGGAAAGAACUGCAAUGUUUGAGGCCACUGGGGAUUGCAAAACAACCAAUUUUCUUUCUGUAUCACAUUGAACAUUUUGAUUACAAUGAAAUGAAUCACCUUAAGCAAUACUUUGAACUCCAUCUGGUAUCAUGUCGAUAACUAUUAUGAUGCAUCGUAUUGUUGGAAAAUGGGAACUCUAGGUAUGUAUUAAUGACAGACAUUAAAAGCCAACCCCAUGACAGAGGGCAGUGAGCUGUCUGAGGAGAGCAGGUCAUAGGGAAUAGUUUAGAUUGUUGUUGCAUUGAACAAUUGGAGACAUUCUAGUCAUAUUUCAUUGAUUUAACUAAAUUAAGUUUAUGACCCACCAGUGGUAAUUAAUAUUGUUGUAGUAUAAUCAGGAAGUAAGUAACACUAUUCACUUUUUCAAGUCAUGAUAUUAAAAUAUUUUUUUCAGAAUUAAAGCCUAAAGCUGAAUGUGACUGCACUACAUGUGCCAUACAUCAUUGGACCUGCUUUUUGAUGCAGUGCAACCAACAGAUUAGAGUUUACAUGGUAAUUCUCCGUAAGAAUCUUGACAGUAACAGCUAGGGCACAUCAGGCAAGGACAUAUUUGCCCAACUACUGUUUCAGAUCUUUUUGUUUUUCAUCAGAGAAUAGCGCAUUGCAUCAGCCGGUCAUAAAUUAGCAAGCAGAAUAUUCACUCUGGCAAAAACCCUCCCAAUAUGAAAGCUCCACAUAUCAGCUUUUAGCUUGAGCUGAAUUUCAAGACGUCAAUUUUCAGUCAGCUAAUAAAUACUAUAAUAAAGAUACUUAGAAAUAUGAUUAACAUAUAUGAAAUAUAAAGGAUAACCAUGGUUUUCAUGUGGCUCAAAGUAGGUAAUGCAUAUUACAGAAAGAUGUGUAUCUGUCCUGAAAUAUAAAAUGUAGGAACAAUGCAGCAGAUCAGAUUGUAUCUAGGGAGAAAAUGCAUUAGGAGGGCUAAUGAUUGUUUGCUGCUAAUUAGGAGUUUAACUAGCAUAUUAGAAAAUCAAGGAAAGCAGCCCUGAGGUCUUCCGGCAGGCAUGACUUCCGGUCAGUGAAUACAUGCAGAAUUAGCCCCAGUGUUUCUAUCCUAGUCUAAUAAAUAUAUACCAGAAUGCUGAAGUGAGCUCUAUGCCAUUCAUGCUGUGAAAAUGCUGACGCUGGCUGUACUUGUAAAUAAACUAAUUUGUGCACA